CCUUCAGACUCUAUUUCUUGACCCCGCGCACACACACUCUCUCUCUCUCUCUCGAUAUAUAUAUAUAUUUGAUUUGAUGGUUGCUCUGUUCUUCACGGAGCAUAGCCUUUACUUAUCAAAUACCAUUUGAGCUUUCGUCUCUCUCUCCCUUCCUUCAUUGGCCAGUUUUUUCUUGGUUCAGUGAAAAUUCUCGGGAAAAUUUGCGUCUUCUUUUCUUUCUUCUUUCCUUAUCCUCUGAUUUUCCAAGGAGACUCCGAUCCUUUGAAUUUCAUUCCCAUUCCGAGAGGAAAAGGGUCCAUCUUUUUAGUGCCCCGCUUCCUCUGUUUUCUUUCUCCUGCCAUUUUACGGAAACUUUGAAAAUUUUCCCGGAAAAUAAAAAAUGCAAGCAAGCAACGAUAUUCGAUCUUCGCUCUCAGUCUCAGACCUCAUUCUCGCCGGCGGCACCAACCCCUUGGACUCAAUUUUCUCCCACUGCCAGCCAUCAAUUCCGACGGCUAACUCUUCUCUUCAGCCCUUGGGCUCGUCGGUCUAUCUCCGGCAGCGAGAUUUAGUCCAAAAAUUCUACGAAGAAAACCGACCGAUUCAGAGCUCUCUGUUCCGAAACAAUUACGUGAAUCUAAGCAAGACGAAGAUGUACAGAGGGGUGAGGCAGAGGCAUUGGGGCAAAUGGGUUGCCGAAAUUCGUCUUCCUCAGAACCGAAUGAGGGUUUGGCUCGGAACCUACGACACGGCCGAAGCCGCUGCCUAUGCCUACGAUCGCGCCGCCUACAAGCUCCGCGGCGAAUACGCUCGCCUGAAUUUUCCGAACCUUCGCGACGCCACAAAAUUAGGGUUCGGAGAUCACGCCAGAGUGGACGCUCUGAGAAGCGCCGUGGACGCAAAGAUUCAGGCCAUUUAUCAGAAGAUGAAGAAGGGGAGGAGGGAAAAGGGCGCGAAGAGGACUGGUUUUCCCGGCGGAGGUGGCGAGAAAUCGAGGGAAGUUGCCCCCGCUGUGGAUGAUUCCUCGCCGUCGUCGUCUUCGUUUGUGGUCGGGAACUCCAGUUGGAGCAGUGAAAUGGUAUCGCCGGAGGUCUCGGAAGAUGGCAUCUGGAAGGGGGACAAUUCCUGCUCCCCCGUCACCGGCCAGUUUCCGGUGGAGGUCCGCGAGCCGGAGUCGCUUGCCCGGAUGCCUUCGUUUGAUGCAGAUUUGAUUUGGGAAGUUCUUGCUAAUUAGUUUUAGUGGUCGGUCUAUCACACACUCCAUGAGGUGUAAAUGGUAAUUUUGCCCCGUUACCCUUGCAAGAUGAAUAAUGAAGCUACUAUUACUAUAUUCAAUCAAGAUUGACACAUUAUUAAAUAUAAAGAUAAAAGUGAUCAUUUAGUUUACUCACUUGGUUAUGGUUGCAAGACUUGUGGGCUCUCUCUCUCUCUCUUAGUUUUAAGCUUAAAUAGAUAUAUGUAACAUGGCUUUUAUAUUUUAGUUUUUGGUUAGAUACUUUGAGAUUGGGAUAUUGUUAUCACUUAUCAUA